GAAAGAAAAGGGAAAGUCGUCGGGAAAGGCCGCGGAAAUGGCGAUGCAGACUGGGGUUUCAACUUCUAAAGUUCUUGUUCUCGUUGGAGCAGGGUUGACUGGUUCUGUUAUUUUGAGGAGUGGUCGGUUGUCCGAUGUAAUUUUGCAACUUCAGGAAUUAAUUAAGGGUGUGAAUGAAGUAGAGAUUUCACCUAACCGGUACGAUACUGUUCUUCUUGCAUCUCAGAUUCGACAGUUGGCUCAGGAGAUCAAGGAAUUGGCAUUGUCCAAUCCUGUGACCAUUUUCAAUGGAAAUACCGAUUCUAGUGGUACUGGGAAAUUUGCAUCUUACAUUAUGCCGGCUGCUGCACUUGGGGCAAUGGGAUAUUGCUAUAUGUGGUGGAAGGGAUGGUCAUUUUCUGAUGUCAUGUUUGUUACAAAACAUAAUAUGGCCAAUGCUGUUGCAAAUGUGUCUAAGCAGUUGGAGCAAGUAUCUGCAGCUUUAGCUUCAACAAAACGGCAUCUGACCCAGAAGCUUGAGAUCUUGGAUGUAAAGAUGGAUGAGGAGAAGGAAACGUCAAAGCUUAUCAUGAAUGAGGUAAAUGAAGUGAAGUCAGAUCUUUCUCUAAUUGGAUUUGAUAUUGAAACAAUCCAGAAAAUGGUAUCCGGACUGGAAGGAAAGAUUGGACUACUGGAAAGCAAACAGGAUGUUACUAAUUCUGGUCUCUGGUAUCUAUGUCAAUAUGCUGGAGGCAUUAAAGAAGGCCUCGGUGCUAAACCUUUGCAGGAUGGUAGUGUUAGACCUCCACCAGAACGUGCACCGUUGACCUAUGAAGAGAAAACAUCGCUCAAGGGACUGCAAUUCAUUGUUGAAACUACCGAGGCAGGCGAGGUAAAAAAUUCAAAGACAAGCAAAGUAUUACAAAAUGAUUGUGAAAACAAGCCUGUCAAAAACAUCUCGAUGACAAAAACAAGAAUACACAGGCCAAUUGGGAUUUCUUUGGCAAGGGAAAUAUGAAUUCUGCUUCUCAAAUUCAUAAUAUUUGAUUGCUUUUGUGAAUGAACCUGGUUGCUUCAUAUUUGAUCCUAUGGACUUGCUUGGCUCACAGGGAUGCUCCAUAUU